GAAAUAUCGUAAAACGAGAUUUCACCGCUUGUAACGUAGACUUACGUAUUUCCGGUCACAGUCAUACUUCCUUUCAGACCAUCGGCGGACGGGAGCAAGGAAGAGACAAAUGCUGGCCACCAGAGCACUUCGACUUGUUGGCAAACGUGCCAUUUCCACAUCUGUCUGUGUACGUGGAGGACAUGGUGUUGCGAAGGUAGAGGACUACACCCUCCCUGCCUACUUUGACAGGCGGGAGAAUCCCCUCCCGGACAUCAGCUAUGUGCAGAACCUGAGUCCAGAGCAGGCGUCCCUGAAGGAGAAGGAGAAGGGCUCCUGGGCUGCACUCUCUGAUGAGGAAAAGAUUGCAUUGUACCGCAUCAGCUUCAAACAGAGCUUUGCUGAGAUGACCCAGGGAUCGUCAGAGUGGAAGUCUGUGGUUGGAGGGAUGUUUUUCUUAAUUGGAUUCACUGGCUUGGUUGUGCUCUGGCAGAGAAAGUAUGGUAUGUCUGCCAAAAAGUGUAAUGGAAAGAUUAGAAAUUAUGUGUCUGCAAAUCUAUUCAGGAUUUGAUGUAGUGAUGCUUCU